AUGCCUUCUCCUCCUCCCACCAUGCCUUCUCCUCCCGCCAUGCCUUCUCCUCCUCUCGCCACCCCCUCUCCUCCUCCCACCAUGCCUUCUCCCCCUCCCGCCAUGCCUUCUCGUCUUCGCGCCACUCUAUCUCCUCCUCCCUCAUCUCCCCCCCUGCUUCCCACCAUUUCAUCACGUGCUUCCCCUAUUUCCCCCCUCUGCCCCUCUUUUCCCAUCGUCUCAACUUUCCCACCUCCGCUCUUUUUUUCCCUCUGCUUCUCUUCUCCCCCUAUUCUCCUGUUUUCCCUCACUGCUCCUCUUUCCCCCCUGAGCUCCUCUUUUUCCCCCUACUCCACUUUCCCCCUCUGCUCCUCUUUCUCGCUCUGCUCAUCUUUCCCCCCUCUGCUCAUCUUUCCCCCCUCUGCUCAUCCUUUCCCAUACUUCACCUCUUUCCACCCACUGCUCCUCCUUUCCCCCCUCUGCUCCUGUUUCUCCCCCCCGCUCUCAGUUUUCCUCCUCUGCUUCUCUUACCCUCUCUGCUCCUCUUUUCCCCCUAAAAUCCUCCUUCCCGUCCGCACUUCCCCCGUCCACUCUUAUUCCUCUCCCAUCCCCGCCAGCUCACUCACCCCUUUCUUCCUUUGCUUCUCAGCCACCGGUGAACCCGGCUCCGGUUCUUUAAUUUCCCUUCUUUGCUCUCCUCGUGCCGUCCCUUACCUCGGCCAGUUGCCCUUGCCGUCAUUCAAUUCCACACUCCCUUUCAUAGCCAACUCAAUUCAGACCUAG